AUGAUAAUACUGCGGAGAACUAAUUUAGAUGAUUACUGGGAAUAUCAGGCUGACGGUCCCGGUACUUUACCCAGAAGUAGCAAAGGCUCAGCUGUGGCGGCUGCUAUAGGUUUAUCCGUCGCCAAGCUUGGGACUGCGGAAUCUGAUAUCAUUGCGAGUGCCGCUGAUUCCAACCUCGUUGGGUUCAAACCCACAACGCGGUCUAUAAUGAGGUCUGGCAUGUUGAGGCCUUCACCACAGGGAGCACCUACUUUAGGGACCCUUACAAAGACUGUCAAAGAUGCUGUUGGGAUUAUGGCCGGUAUAUAUGAAGAAUACGAGCUGAACGAGUGGAGGUCGGUCAUUCCAUCGGACCAGGCACCCGAAUGGUCUGAACUUAUUGAAACCUUGGAUCUCAGCGAAUUUAUUAUUGGCGUUCCUCGGGAUACCUAG